AUCGAAAAAAAAGAAUAACAAAACAAGUAUAUUUUUAUAUUUUCAACGAACUGCCACAAUUGAAGUGAAGUGCUAUCAUAUUUGUUACGCCGAACAGCUAUUUUAACUAUACUAUAUAUUGGAAUUCUAGUGCAUUACGUGGCUGAAACGUUUCUAUUUUCAUUAUUCCUUCAUUUGUAUGCUAAGUGUCGUGGACAACGUGCAAUUGAAAGCAUUCAAAGUGUUGUGUAAAAUAAAAUAUUCAAUUGAAUUUUGUUACAUUCUCUUUCACAAAAAAAGACUCUAAUAAAAAUGUGAUUGUAAUAAACAAGUAUCGAAAGAGAAAUUGGUUGAUCAAAGUCGGAGUGAAUAGCAAAGUGUAGAAGAAAAUGAACUGAAAGUAAAAUAGUUAACAAGCGAAAACUCUCAAAACAACAACGAAACGAAAAAAAAUAAAUAAUAUUUUCGAAAUUACAACAAGCCGCGGCUUAGACAAUCAAAAACAUUAUUCGCGUUGUUGUCUAUCAAUUUGGUGGUGAAAUAUAAAAGUUCAUACUUUGAUUGGUGUUAUUGAUUCCAAGGCACUGAGACGAUUACGAAGAGCACCAGUCUUGGUGUUUUCAACGAAAAAACAACAUGCAUAAAAUUGUGCCAAAUUCAAACAAAAUCAUCAUCAGCUUUUAAUUGGAUAUUCGUGUAUUUUGUGCUUAGAAACAUUCUAUUUACAAAAUUCAGCUACACCCAAAUCGAAUUCAAAAUGUUAAAAGAAACGCGUUUUUCUCUGAUAUAAAAUUCAACAUAGAAAAAAGAGGCAAAACUACGAAAAAAAAAGUUUAAGGAGAAAGUAUCGAAACAAGCAAUUGGAAAGAGUGCAUGUUUUUGUUUGUUUGUAUUUUAACGUUUUUGUUUGAUUGCGCAAAACGAAGCGAAAAAAAAACGAAUCAACGAACACGACGAAAUCACCACUGAUUCAAAUCAGAUUUCAACGAAUUUGACUGGUAAUUUUCGUGACAUCAUACAUUCUGGUCGGAGAGUUAUAAAAUACCGAAAAUAUGCGUAUUAUUUCGGAGCCAAGCCUUGCGACUGAUACAUUAAUUGCACCGAGUACGAAUCAAACGGUCGUACCGAGUACAUCACCCUCAUCGUCAAGUGCAUCAUUUAGCCCGAACUCAGAUCCUGGUAUGCCGACCACAACAUUUCAUCCAGCACAUAACAAUCACAAUCAUCGACCAUCUUCACAGCCACCACCCGUGAUACAUCAACAGCCAAACCAAAAUAUUCCAAAUGCCGGUGGAAGUGAAUUGAAAUCAACUGAAGAAAAUGCCGCCGGAAAGUUUUUUAUACGUGGCGAACGGUCACAGCCCGCCUAUCCACAUCCACCGCCGCCACCCAUUUCCUUGCUAACCAACAAUCAAGGAUAUAUUCCAUUUACUAGUGAAUUUUAUACAACUGAUCAAGGAUAUUUCAUGCCACAAGAACUUUGUGCUACACAUGCACCCAUAUGCUUGCACUCUGAAUUCGGUCCCGUGACUGUGCCAAUGGUUUCACAAAGUGGAUCGCCACCAAUUCCAAUGCCUGUUCAAGUACCGCCUGGUCAUGUGAUGCAACAAAUCGUUGAUGAAAAUGGAACGCUUCGCCAUGUUAUUUUAUCCACAGCACAACAUCAACAAAUUCAUAGUCAAGGCAGUGUUCAGCCGCAUAUCCACGGCCAUUAUAUCAACGGUGUCGGACAACAUUUCUAUAGUGCCGUACCAUUCGCAGGGCCGGGUCCGCAUUUUCAUACGAUACCUGGUGGUCAUUUACAACCUCAAACAAUGCAUUCACAACACUCACCAUCACCACCAAAUACGUAUCAUAAGGAUGAACGUUCACAACGACAGCAUACAAAGCUACUAAGGAAAUUAGAUCAACAAAAACAACGAGAAAUGAAUUCGUCAGCAUUGUCAACGCCAGCUCACUCACCAUCACCACGAAAGGCUGAACUAAAUGGAAUAAAACGAUCGGCGAGAAAUGGCGCUUCGUCUGUUGGCACAUCCGAAGACGGCGAAGAAUCAUCGAGUGUACCCGACGAAGAUGAAGAUGUAGCAUCAAUUAUAGAACAAUUAUCCAAUGUGCAAUUACCACAAGUAUCAGAAAUAACUAGCCGCGGUGCAUUAAUCCAAUGGACAGCACCAACAUCAACUGAAAACGUAGUAUUAAAUACACGUGAUUUGCAAUACCAUGUACUGUUGAGUGAUCGAGGCAAGGAGGGCAAAUACAAAGUUAUUUUUAAAGGAAAAUCGUUAUCGUGCCGAAUUCGUGAUUUACGACCAGGUCAAGAGUACUAUGUGUGUUUACAGGUUUAUCUGGAAGGAUUAAAUGGACAACCAUCGGAGGCGGCCGUUUUUGAGACGCCAUCGUGUGAACCAGAUCAACCUUUACCUCCGAAAUUGUUAGCUAGAUCAAAAAAUUCAUUGCAAUUACGAUGGAAUGCACCAAAUGAUAAUGGUGCACAUAUUCAACAAUAUGUGCUUGAAUGUGAUGAUGGCAAAGGGAAUGAUUUCAUUGAAAUUUGUAAAACACGUGGAAAACAAUAUAGUUUACAGAAAUUACAACCAUCCACCGAGUAUACACUGCGAUUGGCUGCAAUAAAUGAACGCGGUCGAUCAAUAUAUUCAGAUACGGUAACCUAUAGCACAUCAGGUAAUCCACCAUCACAGCCGGACACACCAAUUCUAAAGCAUGCCACAUCAUCAUCUCUUCAUUUGACCUGGUCACGUCGAUCACAAGACGAGGAAUACGUAUUGCAAAUCAAUGAUAAAGAUAGUGGUCAUGGAUUCUUGCCGGCGUACACAGGUCGUGACGUAUCUUAUGAAUGCCAAAAUUUACGACGAGCAACUAGCUUUCUCUUUAGACUUAAAGCCGAAAAUGAAGCUGGACAAUCACCAUUUAGCGAAGAAGUAACAUUUCGUACAUUGCCAGAACGACCGGGUCGUCCACAAAAGCCACAAGUAAAGGGAAAAAUUCAUGCCAAUCACUUCAAAGUGAAAUGGGAUCCGCCCAGUGAUCGAGGUGGUGCCGAGAUAAAAUUGUAUUUUGUGGAAAUUAGUUCAGGUGCUUGUUUUGAGCGAAUUUAUACAGGACCCGAAAUAGAAACAAUAUGUGAUCGUCUAAAUCCAGGAACAACGUACCAAGUGAAAGUUGCAUGUGAAAGUGUUGGAGGAACUAGUCAGUUUUCAGAACCAUUGACAGUGACAACCGAAGCCGUUGCACCCGAUGCACCAUCUCCACCGUACUGUAGUAAUCCACCUGAACCGCACACAGCCAUCUUACAAUGGGACAAACCGGAUUACAAUGGUGGUGCUCUAGUUACCGAAUUUGAAGUCGAGCUACAGCACCAAACAAACUCACAAUUCAAAGAAAUCAUCUACAAAGGAAAGGAUACUUAUUGUGUGGCCACCAAUUUGCAACCGGGUGAAUUGUAUUGUGCCCGUGUUCGAUCAAUUAAUCGAAUUGGUUUCGGUCCAUGGUCUAGUGAUUUUGAAUUUGCCGCUGGUGCUGCUGCACCAAAUGCACCAAACCCACCAACCAUCAUUGUUCGAUCGGCCACACACUUAACCGUUUCGUGGAACGAACCAAAAUCAAAUGGUGCACAAAUAUCCGAAUAUCGUUUGGAAUUCGCUCUAAACGAUCAGCAUGACUGUUAUAACAUCACCUAUCAAGGUGUCCAAGCAUCAGCUGAAGUCCGAAAUUUAGCUCCGUUCACUACAUACUACUUCAGGGUGUGCGCUACUAAUGUGGCUGGAAAGAGUCCAUAUUCGGAUGUUGUGUGUCAAAAAACUUUGGCCUCCGUACCAAGUGCACCGACCAUUGAAACAUUCGAAGAGAAAGCAACAUCAGUAUAUUUGACUUGGCGAGAGCCACAGGAUAAUGGUUCCGCAAUUACACAUUACAACAUUGAGUACAUGGAUCGCUUGAUAUCAACCGAUGGCAAUGUGUUGGAGUGGUUUAUUGAGGAAUUGCAUCCGGAAACAACGUAUCGAUUUAAAAUUCAGGCUGUGAAUGACAUUGGUAUCGGUCAUUUUUCGAAUGUGUUGCGUGUUACGACAAAACCUUUGCCGCCAAAACCACCAAAAUUGGAGUGCGUCGGUGUCGGUCACAAUUUCCUCAAGCUCAAAUGGGGUGACGGUCGAAAUACGGACUUUGUUAGAUUUUAUGUUGAAAUGUAUGUUGCACGCGCGCGUGAAUUCCAAGAAGUUUAUACAGGAACUAGUUACCUAUGUAAAGUAAAUAAAUUGCAAGAGCAAACCGAAUAUCGAUUUCGGGUUUGUGCCGAAACCGAUCAUGCGGGUCUCGGUGACUAUUCGGAUGAAUAUCUAUUUAAAACAAAUAUAGCGGUUCCCAGCAGCAUCAAAGCACCACGAAUUGUUGAAAAUACACCGUCUGCAGCGGCAUCUGCAGCAGCAACCUCCGCCAAUACAUUCGAACGAAACAGCAUUACACUGGAAUGGCAGCACAGCAAAAACACAUUCCAAGAUGUUGUCGAGUAUGUGCUUCAAUGGUCAAAGGACAAAGAUCAGGAGUUCAAAAUGCUCUAUCGAGGACCAGAAACUCGGUUUAAUGUAGACAAUUUGGAGGCCGGUAUCGAUUAUACAUUCCGUGUGUGCCCAGUUCGUCACGUACAUGAUUUAUUUGGUGCCUAUUCGCCACCAUUACGAUAUCGAAUUCCAUCCAGUUUAGAUGCAAACUUAACAAAUUCAUCAGUGAACAAUCGAAAUAAUAGCAUCGAUGUGGUUGAUGCACCAACUGCAACGCGCACAGUCGGCUUAUUCAAACGGAAUUUACAUAGGAUUACAUCAAUUUGCUCGAAUCGUAGUCGACCAUCCAAUCAAGAGCAAGCUAUUCUUCUUGUGAUAUUUUUCAUGAUCACAACGGUCGUAGUUGCUGCAAUACUUCAAACAUGGACACGAUCAAGCAAAGAGUGACGGUAUAAAUCAUUUUUGCAAUAUCAAUAAGUUCACACACACACACACACACAAAUUCAAACAUAAAAGUACACAUUCAAACAGAACCAAACACACACACACACAAACACUCAUACAAUUCAUUCCAAUAUAAAGAAAUAUACAAAAACAAAUGUAAGAUUGACAGGAAGAAUUGAAUUGAUGUAAGACGAAUUGGCUUGCGUCUUAAAAAUUGAGAGAUUGAGAUGACAUUGAAUUGCCAUUUGAAUGCGGGCAGCUCCCUUUCACGUGUAGUAAGUCCGGUAAACUUGAAUCAAAUUAGUUGAAUGAUUGAAAUACGUUCCUAAAUGAUUCAUUUGCGGCAAAUAAUCGAUUUGAACGAUGCAAUCAUGUGCAUCUCACCUGCAAAGCAAAAUAAAACAAAUCAAUUCACAUUGCAAAUGCAACAAAGGAAAUAAAACACAAAUCAUAAUUUACAUUUAUUCGUAUACAAAAAACCAAUUAUGGAAAUUAUCAAUGGCGAAAAUUAAGUAAAAAAAAAUUAUACAUAAAAUGAUAUAUAUAUAUUUCUAUAGAUUCCUAAGAGAUAAAACUAUUCAGCUUCAUUUUUUUUAAAUUGUAAAUACAAUUAUAUGGAAUUGUUUGCUUUUUUUUUCAAUAUGUUUACUACAAGCACAGGCACAUUUUUUAAAAUUAUUUUUUUUAGAAAGCAAAAUGCAUGCAUUUGAUGUGAUGUCCUUUUGCUUAUGAAGCAUGCAUCAACGUAUCGGUAGAUAGAUUUCGCUCCAAUUGAUUUGGUAACAUGGAGUGCAAACAUAAAACAGAAAUCGUAGAAUGACAUUCAUAUUGUUAUUCAUUAUUAUAAAGUAAAAUGAAUAGUAUAUUUUUGUUAUUGUUUCCUUGUAAUGUACACAAGAACAACAUAGAAUGAGCAUAAAGUGCAGUGAAGUUUAAUUAAAUUUUGUUAAUUUAUCUAAAGAAACAUGUGUAAGUGCAACAAUGAAGAAAAAAAAAAUCGUGAAACAGAGACAGAAAAAAAUUCAUUAAAAUAAAAUAAAAAUCCAAUUUAUACAGAGAAAAAGAUAAAAAAAAACUAACAAAACGAAUGGGGCGAUUCACUGAAGAACUUUUGCGUUCAUGCGAUGCAACAUUUGUUUAUUUCUGUUUACUCCAUUCCUAAAUGAAAUUUAUGCAUAUGUAUAUUGUGGUUAAAUAUUAUUACUAUUAUUAUUAUUAUUGUUAUUUUUUAUAAUGUAUGUUUAUGCGAAAAGUAUGAGAAAUGAAAAAGAAAGAAACAUGGUUUAUUGGCAUAAGAAAGGAGUAAGCAAAUUUAUUUUGAUUUCGCUGACAAAAGCUUCACAAAAAAAUUUACUAGUGCGGAAGGAAACAGCAUGAAAUAUAUUUAACGAAAAAAAAAACUUUUUUUACUGCUUCAUUUAAACGGUGUCAUGGGUCAAAAGAAAAGUAAAUCUGUAAUUCGUGUUAUUCAUAUUUAUUGAACAAUAUCAAAAAAACAUAAUAAAAUGAAUGUAAAUAAAACUGUCCAUUUUGACGAAACUCUAGUCGAGUUGUCCAACGAAAUAUAAAAAAUUGAUUCGUUGAAUGGACGAGAGAUGUAAAUGUUGUGCGUAAAAUAAAAAAGAAAUUCCCAAGUGAAAAAUUA